AUGGAAUCGUGGAAUGCAUUACCACUUUUAAAGGACUGGAUGUUCCAUACAACCUUCAUUGGUCUAAAAUAUGAAGUGGGGACAGAAAUUUACAUGUACCAGGUCCUCUGGAGUGUUCCAACUCCAGCUUAUCCUGAACCCCAAGUUACAGUCAGUGUGAACUUCUACAUUAUGGCAAACCAUUCUCAUCCCCCUCAUUAUCCUGUUAAUGUUUUGUAUAGAUUCGAAGGAUACGAAUAUUUACACAGGCUCAGUAUGAUCUUCAGGCCCAAAUGGUUGUACGACAUCUUCGACAUGAAAACGAUGAUGUUUCAGUCUUUCGAUUUCUGA